CCCCAGCGCCCGCCCCUGCUUCCGCUGCGGACCAGAGCAACGCCGACAGCCGCACCUUCAUGUGCAUGAUAACGGACUCGUGCUGGGACGACGACCCGAAGCCGCAGAAGCCCCCGAGGCCCCCGAGGCCCCCGAAGCCACCGAGGCCACCGAGGCCGCCUCCCAGGCCCCCACCCACCCCGCGGCCUCCAGCGCCCCCAUCCGCGCGGCCGCCCUGCCCAGGGUGUCAGCAGCCGCCCUGCCCAGGGUGUCAGCAGCCGCCCUGCCCAGGGUGUCAGCAGCCAACGUGUUCGGGAUGCAGCGCGGGGAACGCAGGGCCCCCGAUCAUCAUCAUCAACAACAACAACCAAAACAACCAAAACAACAACAACAAGCAAGGUGACACGGGCAACUCAAACAAUCCACCGACAUCGUGUGGACGUCCGCCGUGCCCCGUGGUGACUGGAUCAGCACACGGUCGUCCGCCUGGAUCCGGCGGUGCCGGAGCUGGCGCAGAAGGAAGUGCCUUGUUUCAUCCUGGACCUGGACAGGGCGGUGCUGGGUUCGGCGCGGGAUACGUUCCGGGAUCUAAUCCGGGGGCGAAUUAUGGACCUGCCGCCGGAUACGUUCCGGGGUCUGUUCAAGAGGCGAAUUACGGACCCGGCUCUGGAUAUAUUCCGAUGUCUAAUCAAGGGACGAGUUAUGGAUAUGGUGCGGGGUAUGGUCCAGGGUACGGGGCAGGAUUUGCACCGGGAGCGAAUCAGGGGCCUGGAGCCGGGUACAUGCCGGGGGCUUAUCCAGGUGCAAAUUACGGAUCGGGUGCUGGAUACGUUGCGGGUCCUGGUCCAGGUGCAACUCAUGGGUCCGGCGGCGGAUACUUUGCCGGAUACGGUGCGAAUAGUGGAGCGGGUUACGGAUCUGGUAUGGGGUACGCUGCGGAUUCAGGCUUCGCACAUCCUGCCGGAUCUGGCGUUGGAUAUGGGCCGGGUCCUGGUGCAGGUCCUAACUCUGGGUACAAUCCGGGUGUUGGCGGUGGUUUCAUGGGUGGUGGACAGUUCUCCGGGACGGGCUACGGCGGAGCGCCCGACACAGCGCCAGGCUCAUGCCACGUAUGUGCUCAGCGCGCUGGCCGGGCGCCGGGUCCCCUCAGUAGAAGUGAUUCGGCUGGUUCUCAAGACUCCAUCUCUUCCAGCUCAGAUCCAGGACAGGGAGAACACCCUCCCCCAGAAGCCAGGGCCCCGCUCGCGGAAACUGAACCCCACAUUGUUCCUGGAUCCACCCCUGCCCCAUAUCCGGGUGCUGCCGCGCACUACGACCCGGCAUCUCAUGCGGAUUCAGAAUCCUACCUCGCCCAUGUCGGCUCCGGUUCUGACCCUGACCACCAUCAAGGAAUUAUUUCAGGCCCCAUUCUCGCCCCUGCCCCUCAGCCGGACACGGCUGCCUACCCCUACCCCCCAUCCCCUCUAGGAUUCAAUCGAGACCCUGCUCCAGCCUCUCACUUUGGAAUAUUUUCUGGUUCGGCCCCAGCCACUUCCGUAGGCGAUUUCCAAAAUCCUCCUUUUGCUCCCAAUCCAGCCAGUGCACUCGGCCACGCCUCUGCACCCCAACAAGACAUUGUUUUAGACUCUGCCGCUGUCCUAAAUCAGGAUGCAAUAUCGAGUCCCGCUCCUGCACUCCACCACGGCGUCAGUCCGGUCCCCGCUGUACACCCUGACUCCCACCAGGGCACCGCCCCCAGUCCAGAGGGUGCGCCGCGCCCUGUCCCUUCGUCCCAUAAGGGCGUCAUUCCAGGUGUCACCACUGCCCCUCCACGCCCCGUCGCUGCGACCCAGAGGGCCUUUAUUCAAGGUGCAGUCCACGGCCCCCUCCCGGGCGUUGGUCCAGGCCCUGCCCGUCCUCUCGCUCUGGAUGCUGUGCAGCAUCGUGCACCACCCCGUCAGCCAGACGUUGUACCACACCCUAGCCAUGUCCCCGUCCAGCCUCCCUGGCCUUUUCCAGAAUCCAGCCAGCCGCACUCGGGGUCGGUCCCCGGUCUUACUCAGGGGUCCGGCCGACCCGUUCCAACCGACCAUACAUCCGUCACCAGGCAUACCUCUGGCCCUAAUCUGCACUCGAGGCGGAUAAAAGGUUAAGCCGCAUGUC